AUGUUUGCUGAAGGGUCUUCACCUCCACCCCAAGACACUGAUGCUCUCCCUAUCUUACUAAUUAAAGCGCCAGUCAUUUCCAACGGGAGUCAACCUCAAGGACGGAAGAGGAAACGAGCACCUGCAACCCCAUCCUCGCCCGCACCUUCAGAUCCAGGGAGUAAUGCAGGUGGCACGUCGACAGAUCUUCUUGCGUCGCGUGCAGAUCUUUCCUCCAGAGCUAUCUUAACUAUCUCUCGAGGGCCCGUUUUCAUUCCAACUGCUGAAGGCUCAGAAUGGUACAAAACAGACGCGAUAGGGGUUAAUCGGAUUGGAUUCCGUUAUAUGCCAGCUGGGAUUAACCCGCAAGGGUUUGCAACUCCGUGUCGUACCAUCGAAAGCAACCCUACCACGUUCAGAGUCAGCUGGGAGGACCGGAGUCCCUAUCUCAAAGUUACUAAAGAUGGCCUAGGUAUUGCAGGUAGUAAGGGCUUUCGGAGUGCACGAUGCAACGCGCCCAUAAGAGAAGGCCGAUGGUAUAUGGAAGUCAAGGUUCUACACGGCGGUGGUGAACACGUAGCGGACGAAGCUAGACGUGAAGGAAGUCAUGUCAGGCUAGGCUGGGGGAGGAGAGAAGCUCCGCUAAAUGGACCUGUUGGGCUAGACGGAUACAGCUAUGGCUAUCGCGAUAAAACUGGAGACAAAGUCACACUGUCCCGUCCCCGUCCAUAUGGCCGGCAAUUUGGUUCUGGAGAUGUCAUUGGCAUGUACAUCUCGCUUCCCCCCCGACGGGAAGCAAACAAAAAGGAUCUCCAUGACCCCGCACACAUCAAGAGGGAACGUAUACCAAUUGACCUCAAAGGUCAAGAAGUAUUUGAAAUCCUGGAAUAUCCACAAUCGAAGGAGAUGACAACGCUUAUGGAUUAUUCGGGGAAAGUUACAAGUUCAGCGUCUGUGCCAUCAUCAUCCAAAAAGUCUGCGAAUGGCAAACUGCCCGAACGCAGUGGCCCUGUCACUGCCGGCAAAGCAAACACAAUACCUCUCCGCCCACUUCCCACCCUCCCAAACUCCCGGAUCGCCUUCUUUGUAAACGGCGAAUGUCAAGGCAGUGCCUUCCAAGAUUUGUAUGACUAUCGCCAACUAAGACAAUCCAACACACAGCGCAAAGCUAAAGAGAAAAAAAGAACUCGAGAGGGUGUAAAGGAACACAGGGAAAAUCCCUUUGAUGAUGGAACACUCGGUUACUAUCCUUUUAUCUCGCUAUUCAAUGAUGCAAGUGUCCGCCUAAACCCAGGACCUACCUUCGACUUCCCCCCUCCUCCCGAUAUCGAGGCGCUCCUAGACGGCAAUUCAGAAGCCGGGGUUGAUACCAAACCCAGCACAUGGCGACCAACGUGCGACCGCUACGCCGAAUUUAUGGCCGAACAAUGGACUCUCGAUGCUCAAGAAGAAGAAGAAGCCAAAGUCGAGGCAGUCAAGCAAGCUGCCAUCGAUAAAGCCGAAGAAGAAAAACGCAUCCAAAGAAACAAAAAACGUCAACAAGCAGAGGCAAGGAAACGAGGGAAAAAGGCUGCCGUGGAGCAGGCAGCUGCAGGGUUCAAUGGCCCAUUCUUGGACGACGAACGCUUCCUGGCAGGCUUUAAUCCGAAUCAGCCGAGUCCAAGCCCUUUGCGCCAUGCAACCUCGGCUUAUGAUGCAGAGGGCUCAGUAGAAAAUGAGCACUCCCCUGCGCCAACGUUUGCGUCUUAUGGUGAUUUCCAGGGUAAUCAGAGUGGAUACAAUUCGGAAGCGCACGACGUAGACAUGGAUCAAGACAACCUCGAGGAACCAGGAACUACCCAUCCAGCUAUUUCUUGA